CCCCGCUACGUCGAGUAUAAAAGACUUUGUAAAGCUGCCGCGCGCUAUAUUACAACUGUGCGUCUGUGAUUUUUCCCGCCGCGAUAUUUAUUUAAUUCUUCCAUAAAAGAUGCAGACGUGGCUACUGCUCGCGUGCGCAACAGCACUUGCCACGCUGGCCUUCGCACAGAAGCCAGGACGCUUCCUUUCGCUUCCUGUACCCCAAAAAUGCGCUAGCAGACCAAAGCAGUUCUUCUACAGAGGCCAUCAUUACUUCUACAGUGGGCGAGUGCCGGCGCUCGCUAAUAGGAAAGUAGAUUGGUUGGAUGGCAGAAAUAUUUGCCGCGAAUACUGCAUGGAUCUCGUCUCUAUGGAAACGCAAGAGGAGAAUAAUCUGAUCUUCCAACUCAUUCAGCAAAAUGAUGUGCCUUACAUUUGGACCUCUGGUCGUCUUUGCGACUUCAAGGGCUGCGAAUCACGAAAAGAUCUCGAGCCCAAGAACAUAUUCGGAUGGUUCUGGUCUGCUAAUAGAGAAAAGUUGGCUCCUACCAACCAGAUCCCCAAAGGUUGGGGUUACAAUCCGUGGUCUCAGACAGGUCACAAGAAACAACGCCAACCUGACAACGCUGAAUUCGACAUCAACGGCACCACGGAGUCCUGCCUGAGCGUCCUCAACAACGUAUACAACGACGGCAUCGCGUGGCACGACGUCGCCUGCUACCAUGAGAAACCAAUCGUGUGCGAAGACUCCGACGAGCUCCUCAGUUAUGUUGCGAGCACCAACCCAGGACUUCGUCUGUGAUUUGUUAAUACUUAAGUAUUUAUACGAUACUCAAAACAUUACAGUGACAAUAAAAAUCUAAUGUAAGUAGUUAGUACUGCGUGAGCGUAUCACAAUUCAGCCCGGUACACACAGAGUGAUUACCUACCAACGUGACUUUGGAAUAUUCGCCAUGGCCAAAGACAUGAUCAUUUUAUUCCAUCCAUAAGGACAUUUUACUAACCAACUACAUUUGAUAUAUUUAUGUGAAACUAUUAUUUCGACUAGGUACAGUAAAAAUUCCAGUCUUCAUAGAGUUAUUAGAGUGAGAUAGAAACAGUAAUUCGCUCUAUGUUUAUCUGGCACAUGAAGUGAUAGCAGUUGUCUAAUUACGUAAAUCAUUCUAAAUUCAAAGCAUCGUUUCUCAAUUUGGAGUCGGUCCUAUAUAUUAAAGGACGCAAUGUGUUAAUAAACAUAAUCUGAAAAAAAUAUAAUGGAGGGGUUACAAAUUUUUAUAUUAAUUUCUUACUAUGUGGUGGUUCGCGGCACGGCACCAAAUAAGUUGAGAAACUAUAUCUUAGAGCAUUCGACAUAGAAAACGCGAUGUACCUACCUAUAGAUUGCGCUUUCCGAUCUACCAAAAUACCGAUUAUAAAACCUACCCGAUAACAAUUAAUUUUAUUUUCCUUAUCUAUGCACAUCAAUUUUUUUAUUUAAAAUAUAGUAUUCACAUACGCAGAAAAUUUUGUAGAGCUCAAACAUAAUUAUAUUUUAAUACAAAUUGAUUUUAUUCAUUAAAUCUCUCCGUCGUGAACGGCAAACCUUCAAGUAAAAAAAGUAAUUUGUCAUUCGAAACGAAAGACUUGAACUACAAAUUUAGCAAAUUUAAAUAUAAGUAAUAAAAUAUAACACGGUACAAUAUUUAUUUAUUGGAGCAAUAUAAACUUGCCAUAUGCAUAACAUUGUAUCUUCUCUGUCACUCUCUGUACUGCCUAUUGUCAAUCGUACAAAUUGUACAGAAUACUAAUUUAAGAUAUAUGUAAGUUACUAGGUUUAUUUACCUAAUGGAAUUUCUAUUUGUAUAUAAAUAUAAAAGUUAUUGAUA